GAUAAAUAGUGAAUUAAUGACCGAUAAUUAAGCAUUUCUGGCUUCGGAAACAUAUCGGGAGAAACAGUCUUGGUUGCCUAAGAAUAUGUGUAGAACAACUGUGACCUCGACUGUAGAUCGACUUGGUUAUUUAAGGGAGAGCCUUUUUAUUGAGCUGCCAGGACUUGCGCGGGGACGAAAGGCUGACAAGGGUGAGAGGGUAGGCAUGCGGCUCGUGCUUCCAGGGUAUACUAUUUUGCAAACCGCGCGCUUUGGCGCGCGGUGCAAACGCUCCGUCAGUUUCCCUAGGAGCAAGAGCAGCGCUAGGGGCUUGCCUGCUCACUUGACCCGCCAGACUGCGCAAAUCUAUAUCCCUUUAUCCCGAAGUUGUUCCACUGUAUUGAGAUGCCAGCAUUUUAGUUCAGAAAAUAAAGUGAUAGACAAUAGCCCCAUGACUCCAAUGAUGAAGCAUCUCAUAAUGAAAAUAAAAUCAACUGGUCCUAUUACAGUUGCUGAAUAUAUGCGGGAAGUUUUGACAAAUCCACUGAAGGGGUACUAUAUGCAUCAAGAUAUGUUUGGAGAAAAGGGAGAUUUUGUUACUUCACCUGAAAUAAGUCAAAUUUUUGGAGAGUUAAUGGGUAUUUGGUUUGUUAGUGAAUGGAUGGCUACAGGAAAAUCUCCAAAAUUUCAGCUGGUGGAACUGGGCCCAGGUAGAGGUAGUCUUAUAAGUGAUAUUUUAAGGGUUUUUACUCAGCUGAGCUCCUUACUUGCUAACUGUGAAAUUUCUAUUCAUUUGGUGGAAGUCAGUCCGAAAUUAAGUGAGAUGCAGGCAUCAGUACUGACAAAAGAAAAAGUCAAGUUGCCAGAGAGCUCCAGUGCAUAUAUGCAUGGAAUUAGUAAGACUGGAAUACCAAUUUUCUGGUAUAGAAAUUUGAAUGAAGUGCCAGAAGGCAACAGUUUUUAUUUAGCACAUGAAUUUCUUGAUGCUCUGCCUAUUCAUAAAUUUCAGAAAACAGAAAAUGGAUGGCGUGAGUUGUUGGUUGAUAUUGAUCCAGAAGCUUCUGAUAAGCUGCGAUUUGUCCUUGCACCAUCUGCCACUCCUGCCUCAAAAGUCUUCAUACAUGACCAGGAAUCCAGAGAUCAUGUGGAAGUAUGUCCUGACGCUGGUGUCAUCAUCCAGAAGCUUGCUUCUAAUGUUGAAAACAAUGGGGGAGCAGCAUUGAUUGUAGAUUAUGGUCAUGAUGGAACCAAAACCGAUACUUUCCGAGGAUUCCGUGGUCAUAAGCUUCAUGAUGUGUUACUAUCACCAGGAACAGCAGACCUCACUGCUGAUGUGGAUUUCAGUUACUUGCGAAGAAUGGUACAGAAAAGAGUAGCCACUUUGGGACCUUUAAAGCAAAAGGAAUUCUUGAAAAAUAUGGGAAUUGAUGUUAGAUUGCAGGUACUACUGCAGAAUGCUGAUGAUGCAGUCACUCGAAAUCAUCUUGUUCAAGGUUAUCAAAUGCUCAUGGAUAAAAUGGGAGAACACUUUUAUUUUUUUGCCCUUUUACCUCACUACAGAUUUAAGGCUUCACAUCAGUUAAUGAAGCCAGAGCACUCACUUUCAUCACCUGUUGCUGGCUUUGGAGAACUUUUAUGGAAAUGAACCCCAAAUCAGAGUAUGUUCUAUGGUAAAAAUCUAGAUUCUAAUAGUCUAUCAGGAAGACAGUUAAGUUACAUUAACUGUGGAAGACUUUGAUCGUUCCCCUGUAGCAUGUAGCCAACAUAGGAAAUCAUUGAUCUGGUAAAAUUAAAAACAAAACAGUGCUGCUGAAGUGGGGAGGGGGUUGAGUUUUAGAUGGAAAAAAAUGCAACUUGGCAUAAUGCUGUACUGUGAAAGUGUUUCAUAAUUAAAGUUUGCUCUUUUAUCCCCCA